CCACGGCAUCAACGUGCAGGUAGGUACUGUAGCGUACGGUUGUAUCGUAGGCUUCGCUACGGAAUUCACGAUUGGGCGAGACACUUUCCAAUCAAAUCAAUCCAUCAAAACCCCGAUCAGCGAGAUCGCAUUCCAUGUUCCUCCCCUUCGUGCAGAGGCACCGCUCCGUAGAACGCGGUACAAUGUGAUGUGCUGUGACCCAUGCCAUGCCAUCACCAAAUCACGUUUACGACCUCUCGAACUACGGAGUUUUGCUACGGCACUUGGGUACGUACUCGUAUCGUACGUACUGUUGAACGAGCACUCCAACGGCGACGUCGGUGCGAUUUUUCUGGUCUUGGGAACCUGCCGAAAACAUACAUAAAUUUUCGCCUCUUUCUCACUCGUGUCAAUGCUGCACGGCGCAUUCCGUUUCACAGAGAGGGAAGUUGUUGCCAUCAGACACCAAGGGAUCACAAAACAAAUUACGGCACCAAACCAAACCAAACCAAAUCUACCCAUCCUAACAAACAUAAAAAGCAGCAAACCCAAACAAACAAACAAACAAACAACACCAACACCAACACAAACACAAACACCAACACCAACACCACCAUGCUUUCCCCGAGAUCCACCAUCGCCGCCGCCCUGCUCGUCCUCCUGCUCGCCGUCGAUCCCUCGCACGGACUGGCGGGCGUCGUGAACCGCUUCCGCAGGAGCGCCCCCUGGGGCCGGGCCGUUGCCCGGCAGAGGCGAACCAGCACGAGCACCACCAGCGGAGUUGGCCUCCCCGUCCGGGCGGCCGUGGCCAAGCAGGGACUGCUCACCGAGCCAGAGCCAGAGCUCUCCCCGCACCCGCCCGGUUCCACUCCCUUUGACGCCGACGCCUACCGCCAGCAGAUGACCGAUCUGGUCUAUCAGCGAAGCAUGGAGCGAAUCUUCCGCGACUGAACGCGAGCCGGCACACCGAAACACACCACACCACAAACUACAGAACGAUCCCAGCGCGCAACGACUCGACUCGAGGAGCUCCCUACGCACUAUCGGAAGGGAAUAGUGUACCCCAACCAUGGGCUCCUUUCUUUUUGAAACGCUACGAGCAACGUUGUUGUUAUUUUUAGAGAGACUAGAACCAUAGAAGCAUAUGACAUAAAUAUAAAACAUAGAAUCAAAACCAACACACAUAAAAACAAUCUUAGAGC